GACCUGGACAUGGCGGUUGCAGGCAGCUGGCAGCCUCCCCGGCCGUGUGAAGUCUACCGCGCUGAGUGGGAGCUCUGCCGCAGCGUCGGGCACGUCCUACAUCACUACUACGUCCACGGCGAGCGGCCAGAUUGCAGACAGUGGCUGCGCGACCUGACUAGCUGCCGCGAGUGGGAGGAGAGCCGCAGCGCCGAGGCCCAGCGAUCCCUCUGUGAGAGCGAGCAGGCACGGGUCCAGGCUGCUCAGAAGCACACCUUGGUAUGGGCCUUGAGGCAAAGGCCCCCUACGGACUGGAACCUCCCUCUACCACAGGAGAAGGACAAGUGACAAGCAACUGCAACCCUGCCCUUGACCUAGACUUUGACUGGCUCUAACUUGAACUGGAACACAGAGCAAGGCAUUUCCAGCCCUAAUUGCCUGCUGCCCACUGGAUCUGGGCAUCUCAUCACUGUAAUGCUCUGAAAGACACCUGUGUGCACAUGCAGCAAGCCAAGCACUGAGGCUGGUGUCUGUGAGCAGUCAGGUGGGUCCAUCCUGUCCAUGCCACCUCCCCUGAGAACAUCCACACCAGAGGUGGCAGCCCCGACCUGUGUGGAUCCAGGGCACAGUAGUCAGAAUAAGGUGGCUAGAUUACCUUACUCUGAUUGUGAACGACCCUCCUUGGUCAUGAGAGAUGGACUGCAAUGUCUUGUUUAGUGAGUAUCGUGGUAUGCAAGUGCGGAGCUCAUGCUUGCUCAGCUUUCUGGAAGACACAGUAGAGCAUGCUCAGUGGGCAAGGCAACUUGUCCUCUGCACCAGCACCUUUUAGUGAUCCUGCAGACUAGAAAGAAAGAAAGAAAGAAAGAAAGAAAGAAAGAAAGAAAGAAAGAAAGAAAGAAAGAAAGAAAGAAA